AUGGCUGCCACCACCUCAGGUACAUCACUGCCCGGCGUGCUGCCGCUGCCACCCGCCCGAGAGAUUCCAUCUACCUUCAUAGCUAGUAUGAGAAGCUGGUGGUAUGCUGGCGAAAAGGAGAGCGCGGCGGCGGAAGAGCGGUUACUCAGGAAACUGCCCUUCUUCCACCCUGCCGGCUCACCUCCGCCCACGCCAGACGGCAAUUACCAGGUGGUGGCAGAGAGCAAGCGCGUUGAGCUCGACAGCCCGAAGCACUACAUUAAUACCUUCAUCAUGACCCCGACCUCACAGGCGACGUCGUCCUCCCGCUCGCCGGUCGUGCUGCUACAUGGUUAUGGAGCGGGACUUGGGUUCUUCUUCCAAAACUUCCUCGCACUGGGACAGUGGGCCGGACGGCGCGGGACGUCUGUGUUCGCGCUCGACUGGCUAGGCAUGGGCCGCUCCGCGCGGGUUCCGUUCGCCGUAAAGGCGAAGCGAGACGACAUCGACGGGAGGGUGAACGAGGCUGAGGGUUUCUUCAUAGACUCCCUGGAGCAAUGGCGUGAGCGCAUGGGGCUCGAGCGGAUGACGCUCGUGGGGCACUCGCUCGGCGGCUACCUCAGCGUCGCCUAUGCGCUCAAGUACCCGACUCGUGUUAGCAAGAUCAUCCUGUUAUCGCCUGCAGGCGUGCCUCGCGACCCGGAGAGUACUGUGUACUCGCGCGAGGUGACGGACGAGCAGGAUACGAGCGCGUCAAGCGCCGACCAUGCUGAGGCGGCGACGAAGGGUAGGCUGGAGCGGAUAAAGAGUGGGCAGGAAGAUGUACAGAAGAAGGAGAGUCGGUCGCGGAAGAUCCUCACAUACCUCUGGGAGGAGGGCUGGAGUCCGUUUCAAGUCGUCCGGUCGUCGCUGUUCUGGGGACCCAUGCUCGUGGGCAAGUACUCUAGCAGGCGAUUCAUCGGGCUGAGUCAGGACGACACUCGGGCGAUGCACGACUACAUAGUAAAUCUUGUCCUCGCGAAGGGUUCGGGAGAGUACUGUGUCUCUCAUCUGCUCGCCCCCGGCGCCCACGCGAGGAGACCACUCGUAGAUCGGAUCCACGCCUUGAAGGUGCCGAUCACCUUCGUUUAUGGCGAACACGAUUGGAUGGACCCUGAGGGUGGUUCAGAAGCCGUUGAGAGACUGCGCCAGGCAGGUAACGGCGACGGCAAGAUGUAUAUUAUCCCUCAUGCAGGCCAUCAUGUCUACCUGGAUAACCCGAAAGCCGUCAACGACCUGCUCGUCAAGGAGUUAGACCGUUCGCUGAAGGCAUAA